UUGUAUAUCACCUAUCGAACUUAUUAGAGAGGAACUUGCACUAGCUUCUAGUGAAUAUCACAUGGUGUCUAAGAAUAAGGAUUUCAGAAAAAAAGACCCCUUAAGUGAUGAUACUAUAGAAGACAAAGAUUCUCUUACAGAGAUAUCAGAGCUAUCAGAUAUCAUUGAUGAUGCUAAAAAUGAUGAUGAUGGGAAUAAUAAUCAUAGUUCUCAAAUAAAGAUGGAUAAUUCGACUAGUCAAACAACUGAAGAUGACAUUGCUAAGACACAAAUCUGA